ACCACAUGAGAUCCUGUUUUUUUAUUUAUUUACUGUAAAAAUUGGCUAAUAAUACACAAGAAAUGUGACAUAAACAAAUAAACAAACAGGUUGUUUCUACUCACGCUCAUCAGGUCAGAGACUGAAGGUUCACAAACAAACAAAGAUGCUCCAGUUUGUGUCUGAGUUGAUUCUGUUCUGAUCAGAUGCUGAAGCAGAAAAAAGCUGCAGGUUUGAGUCACGUGACAGGAGGUGKGAACAGCGCCCCCUGCUGGACAGGACCCUGCUGGUUCACCUUCAGGGGAAAAGGCUGAAAUAAACAAUCACCACAGAGGAAGUUUUAUCAGUUUAUCUGUGAAUUUAUUCAUAUUUUUAAAAUAACAUAAAUAAAAUCUAACAUGUUGCAUAAAGUCAAAUAUGAGCUGUUUUUAUUUGUUUUGUUUUUCAGUCAGAGAGCAGCUUCCUGUUUACAGCCUGACAGGCAGAACUCAGGGCUGAGAGCCCAGAGGAUCAAUUAAUCAAUUCCAAUCUGAUUGGUCCGUGUUCGGUUCGGUUCUGUAGUAAACUGAUGACGUUCUAACAUGAUGAGCAGUCUCCCUGCUCCUAUCAGCCAGGUGACAGGUGCGCGGUGGGCGGGGCUUCCUGCAGCUCGAGCUGUCUGCGCACAGCUGAUAGAGGAGCGGGAGACACGCAGCGCGUGCACAGCACAGGACAGGGUGAGACCCCACAGGAGAACCAGAACCUGAGGACUGCGCUGGACCCGAACCUYAAACUGGACCCGGUUCGACCCGAACUUUCAGCUGGACCCGGCUAGACUCGAGAGGACUGAGCUGAACCCGGUUCGACCCGACCUGACAGUUAGGUCCGACCUGAGCUGGACCGGAUUUGAGGCCCUGGCCCGGGUCGCUUCAGACGGAACCAAAGCUCCGCCCACAGGCUGACGUCUCAUGUUUGAGUGACAGAUUGCUGAAGCUCCGCCCACAAACCGACGCUCAUGUUUGAUUGACAGAAGCUCCKCCCACACACAGAAGGCUCAUCUUUGAUUGACAGGUUGCUGACGCUCCGCCCACAGGCAGACAGGUGGACGAUGAUACUCUCCACCUGUGACGGCGACGCCAAGCAGCGACCUGAGGACGAUGAAGACGAUGAAGACGAAGACGCAGGACUUCCUGUCGUUAUGACGUCCUCAAAGGACACGCCCCCGUCGGGUCAGGACCUCGGCUGGGGGUCAGACGAGGCCGACGUCUCUCUGUCCGACUCGGUCAGGGAGGCGUUACCGUGGCAACAGAAGAAGGAGGAAGAAGAGGAGGAGAUGAAGGCGGUGGCGUCCUCGCCCGAUGGACGCUUCCUGAAGUUCAACAUUGAGAUCGGGCGGGGCUCCUUCAAGACGGUCUACCGGGGGCUGGACACGGAGACCACCGUGGAGGUGGCCUGGUGCGAGCUGCAGACUCACUGUCUGAGCCGGGCCGAGCGUCAGCGCUUCAGUGAGGAGGUGGAGAUGCUGAAAGCUCUGCAGCAUCCCAACAUCGUGAGGUUCUUUGACUCCUGGAAGUCCAGUCUGAGGGGCCCUAAAUGCAUCAUCCUGGUGACGGAGCUCAUGACGUCCGGGACCCUCAAAACGUACGUGCGAAGGUUCCGUCCGAUGAAGCUGAAGCUGCUGCAGCACUGGAGCAUCCAGAUCCUGAAGGGGCUCCACUUCCUGCACUCGCGCUCACCACCCAUCCUGCACCGAGACCUCAAAUGUGACAACAUCUUCAUCAACGGGCCCACUGCCUCAGUGAAGAUCGGCGACCUGGGCCUCGCCACGCUGAAGAAGGCCUCGUUCGCCAAGAGCGUCAUCGGAACCCCUGAAUUCAUGGCUCCAGARAUGUACGAGGAGAAGUAUGACGAGGCCGUGGAUGUUUAUGCCUUCGGUAUGUGCAUGCUGGAGAUGGCAACAUCAGAGUAUCCUUACUCCGAGUGUCAGAACGCUGCCCAGAUCUACCGCAAGGUCACCAGUGGAAUCAAACCGGACAGUUUUAUGAAAGUACAAGUCCCAGAACUGAAAGAGAUCAUUGAAGGCUGCAUCCGAACCAGGAGCAAUGAGAGGUUCACGGUCCAGGAUCUACUGGACCACCGGUUCUUCCAGGAGCAGACAGGUGUCCACGUGGAGCUGGCUGAGGAAGACGAUGGUUCGAAGGCGGCGCUGAAGCUCUGGCUCCGGAUGGACGACAACAAGAAGCUUUGUGGGAAAUACAAAGACCACGACGCCAUUGAGUUCUUGUUUGAACUGUACAAAGAUGUUCCUGAGGAGGUUGCCCAGGAGAUGGUGAUCCUGGGGUUUGUGUCUAAGGCGGACUACAAGGUGAUCGCUAAGGCCAUCAGACAUCGAGUGACUGCCAUAAAACGAGAGAGGGACAAAAAGCGCCGCUUGACGGAGGAAGCGCACAACAACCAGAAGGAAGCAGCCAGCGAAAACAAACCUGACCCCGCCCCCCAGCAAUCUGAACUGUCCAAUAAGAAACCUGAAUCUGUCUCAAACACGUCUGCUGCUGGAAAGGCAGCCAGUCAGAAUAAGCCUCCCACCCCUGCAGGAGCCCCGCCCACAGCGCCCACAUCAGCAGUGACAUCAUUGGCGUUGUCCCUGAGCAACCUGAUGGAUUCUGGGAUCAGCAGCGUCUCCAGCAGGACAGGAGAGGAGGACCAAGACAAGACGUCCAAACACCUGUCCCACUCCUCUGCUGCCUCCGACUGUGAGACGGGGAUCUUUAGUGACCCAGUAGCUGCAGAGGCCCCGCCUCUAGUCCAAAACCCCGCCCCUGUUUCAGAGACUUCGUCCCUUAUUAAUCAUCCAGCAUUCAAAGCUCUGCCUUUCCCGGUGCUGCGUUUCCCAAAGAGCAUCGCUGUGUCCCAGAAUGCUGAGCGUCCACCACCGAACUCAGUGCACGGCUUCACCUCACCUGUCGACAGCUACUCCUCUGAUAUUACCUCAGGUUUUAGUGACGGCAAUGACGGCCAAUCAGACAAGAGCAAACAGGAAGUUGCUAAUAGAGAAGCUACGAAGCAGUUCAGGAGGAGAGCCAGGGCUCGCCUGAGAAUCAUCGGAUUGUCCGAUAAGGUGGACCGAGUUGUGGAGUGUCAGCUGCAGACUCACAACAAUAAGAUGGUUACCUUUAAGUUUGACCUGGAUGGAGACAAUCCUGAGGACAUUGCAUCUGUGAUGCUCCACAGAGACUUCAUCCUGCCGUCGGAGCGGGACGGUUUCAUCCUUCGGAUGUAUGAAAUCAUCAAGAGGGCGGAGCUUGUGAAGCAUCAGCAGCAUCCGAACACUUUGUCCCCGCUGACGGAGUCCACGCUGCCUGAAUCACAGUUAAAUSUGGUAGCAAAGGGCUUGUCCAGAACUAUGUCCUCAUCCUCAUUACCUGACAUUGACAACAGUAGCCCCUCCCCUUUGAAGGCUGUUGAUUUCUGCAUCGACCCUGAGGCCACACCCCUCGUCAGACCGCUGAGGUCCCAGUCUUUUCAGACUCCGUCAGCUUCCUCCUAUCAGGCCCCUCCCUUCUCCCCACCUCCCCCUGCUCUUCAGUAUCACCUCCCGACUCACCACUACUCCACCUACACAGCCUUCUACCCCACCCAGACCCCCAUCCCUCCUCUGCCCCGCGUCCAAAGCAACCCCUCCCUCCUCACCCCCAUCUCCUCCCCCUCUGUGCCUCCCCCUCCUCAGUGGCCUCCCCCUGACCAGCCUCUCUUCUCUCUGGCUAACGUCCUGUCUGUGGCCAUGAGCGUGGCCCAGUCCCUCCUGCCCCCAACUGGGGCCCCAAACCAGGGCUUUCACGCCCCCCACCCUCAGACCCUGUCUCCCCUGUACUCGAACCCCCAGGCCUCCCUCUCGCCUCCUGGAUCUCCAUCUUUGGUCUCUAAGCUCCAACAUCAAAACCACUCAUCUUAUUCCACCCCACCCCCAACCCAACCAGCCUUCAGCCCCUCAGCACCUCAGACGGGCUCAGUCCAGCAGGGGGCGCCGCCCAGCCAGUCUGGAGACACGCCCCAGGGAGGGCAGAAUCAGAUGCAGCUCAUCAGUCCAGUCCUGAAAGCUGGCUUGGCUCCRCCCUCUACAGGUUCAGAGAGGGUCCUUCCUCCCAGUCACCAAGGAGAACUCUCUGACUCCUCCUCCUCCUCCUCCUUCUCCUCUCCUCCUCCAUCAACUUCUCACAAACUGGUUUCUCCUCCUGUUUCGCCAUCAGCAAGAAUCUCACCCACCUUGGAAGUGAAGAAAUCAGCCUUCACUGUCGGACGCUUCCAGGUGUCACCAUCAAUAGAUGCUUCCUCUGAUCCUCACCAAGAGCUCCACCUCCUCGACCAGGCCCCGCCCAUCACAGGCUCAUCACCUCCUCUGAGGAAGGGAUCAGAGAGCGACUCAGAAAGCAGUACAGAGGAGAGCCAACCGGAGAACGCCGUCCGCCCAUCCUCUGUGCCUGGUUACCAUGGCAACCCCUCAGCUCAGGAGGACAGGACAGGAAGUCGCAAACUGAGCGUCAAUCUGUGGGAGGAGUUAAGUGCCAUCUCCAGUCUGAGUGGCAGCAGCUACAGCCAAACACGGAGCCGCUCUGCAACCUACAGCUCCGACGAAUCAGAGGGCGAGGAGCUGUGGGAGGAGCUACUGGAGCUUCGUCAAAGACACCUGCUGCAGGUGCAGAAGCUYCAGGCCAGUCAGAAGCGAGAGAUGGAGGAGCUCUACCGGCUGAAGGGGAAAGUCCCGCCCCCUGGAAUCGUCGCCCCGGCCACCAUGUUGAACCACCGCCAUCGUCGUCCCUCCAAGUCAGGAAUUGUUCCUCCACCUCGCAAAACCAGCCAGCAGAGAGUGGAUGUGUUGCCCCCUGCAGGCAUCAUGAGGAGGAGCUCAGUGAACAGCAGCAGCAGUGGAUCUCAGGACAGAGUACUGAAAGGCGUGACGUUCGCUCCGGGACACAACUGCAUUUAAAAGACAGGAUGAAGAUGAAGAUGUGACAACCUUCACUGAUGCUAAAACCGAUGAAGAGGAGGAAACCGAUUCAGAACAUGGAUCCUGAAACUAAAACAACCUGAGCAUUUUAUUGUUUAACAGUCUUAAAAUUAUAUAUUUAAAAAGAUGAUUUUAUAAAAUAGUGAUUUUUUUAAAAAUGAUUUUAUGAAAUUAUGAUUAAAGAUGAUCAAAGAGGAACAUGUUUCUGYUGGAUGUGAUGAACAGAUGUAAAAUUUGUGGAAUAACACUUUACAUCAGUUUUAUUAAUCUGUUCUGGACUGAUGGGGGUCAGGAUCUCAGAUUCUGUCAGAACCUGAUCCAGGACACUUUCUAUGUUUGUUCUGGGUUUGAUCAUUCUGAAGGACGAUCCUGAUUGGUUGAUGGGUGGAUGAUGUCACAGUGUUCAGAGGAAAUCCAUCAGCUGAUUGAUGAAUGUUUGGUUUUGAGUUUUGAUCAGGUUACUGAAUGUUUGAUCAGACAGAUUGUUUCUGUCUGAUUCUAGAAAAGCACUUUGAAUCACUGUGUGCCUUAUUUUAAAUAACUUAUGGAUUAAUGAUUGUGUUCUUGGUGUGUCUGACAUGAAGAAUGUAAUGUUUGUGUCAAAAUAAAAUAUAAAAGUUGUUUUCAGAAGUUUGA